GUCUCCUAGCCGAAAUCAUAUCGCAGUCUGGGGAUAUUUCGGUUUUGGAUUGGGUCGGAGAGGCGUCACAGUUUCAUAGUUGUUUCCCUGUUCACAUUGCCUCGUAUCAAAUGCUACCGUUGCCUCCACCCCAACCCAACGCAGAAGAACAGUCGUCAUCAGCGAGUCAGCAGCCUACGUCAUCAUUCGGAAUACUGCGAAGGCUGCAUGGCUCACUCACUGCGCCGCCCGUCCCCCAGUUUCGCAACCGCUCCCCGACACCGCCAAGCACUGCCCAGCGUUUUCCGGCGGUCCAGCCGCAAACCCCAGAUUCGUACGCACCACGCGACGUGUAUAGCUUCCACGCACUUCUUCGGGCACCCCUUCCGUGGUUUGUCAACCGCCGUCUUUCGCUACCAUGCAUUGCCCAUCGUGUUAGAGAUAUUCGGCUGACAGGUGCAGAUCCAUCAGCGCCAAGUUACACGUACAAGAUCCAGGCGUCCGGUCUGAGGCCACUUACGAUCGUACUGCCAGAGGAGUUGGAAGAUGUAACAAAGGUUGUUCGCCCUUGGCACUGGAAGUUGCUUGGACCAUCCGCCGAACUCAGUGCCGUCACCGAAGAGCAGCUGGUUGUUGCGCUGGAGAGGUCAUUUAACGCUCUUCUGUUAACUCAACUACCUCGCAACGAGCACAAACGGAACGUGUCUUCUGCCCUUAUUAUUGCUCAACCCAUAGACCGGGCUAGCAUCCUGAAAAGCAGAGUUAGGAUAUUCACUAUUGCGUAGACGAAGCGCGCAUCGGAAAUCGAGUCGAGAGUCUCAGUACUCGCUCUCAGCCGUUUCAAAUUUGUUCUUAGUUUCCGUCUGACGUUGACUGUUAUAUGUAUAUGGCCAAUUCACCUGCACAUGCACAACUCUUGUACAACCCAUUCCCAUGUGAUAGAUGAAUGACCCUCUAUAUGUAAAGUUGUUUCCGCGGCGACCGCACUCCCACCAACAUGAUCUGGGUUUCACGCUACAACUCUGCUUAGCUCCGGGUGUCUCGAUGUG